AUGACUACAAGCGACCGUCCACGUAUUGGGACAAAGAAACGGGUCAUCUAUAAAAUCAGUGACAGCAGACAACAUCUUGUAGGACCGUCUUGGCUGAGCCCAUCAGCAACGAUUUACCACACACACCCCCAUUCAACCUUUGAUCAUCAACCAAUCCACACUCACAUCCCAGAGUUAGCUCACGAAGACACCAGGAAUGAGGUUACGAGUCAAGCUGGGGAGCAAUCUGACCCGCAGUGUGUGGGCUUUAUUGCGGCAGGGAGCUGGGGAACAGCAUCCCCGGAGUGCCAGGAACUCGAGAAUAAUAUAAACCAUCCAAACCACCCGAUAUUAGACGCCAUUAUUGAAGAAAGUCACCAAUCGACAACUUCGAGUGAUUUCCACUGUUACAGCUCGAGUCCAUCUGUUUUGGAUUUGAUACCAGAGUUACAGAAACCUCAAUCUUUUUACCACAUCAACAGCUCUGGAUCAAGUACAUCUAUUGGCUCAUCCGGAUGGACGGAUGGAUUAGACUGGGGAUUUAAUAUUCCUUCAGUCGGAAUAUCUCAACAAUGGUCUGGCCAUCUUAAGAGUGUCCUCCUUGAUGUAUUUAACCCAACUAGCGAGAGUAAUAUGCCGACAAUAAUGCAACCGCGGUAUAAGAAAAGUCCUGGCACCUCAGCGGCUUUAUUUGUUCCCAGUGUUAUGGCAUCGAUUUGGAGGCAAUAUUCAGAUGAAGCUGGCCCCGAGAGAAGCACGAGCUCCCCAAAGCCCCCUAUUGUCACCGUCAAUGAGGAUUUGGUAGCGCCUGUAUCAAGUUCCAAAACUAAAGACUACAAACCAUUGAACAAGGGGAAGAAUGCCAAAACUGCAGGCCGUUCCGGUUCAGUGGAACGACGAAGGAAGAAAUGUAUUGAUGUAAAUCAUGGCAUUCACGGGCAACAUGUCAUGGCGGGCAGCAGGCUGUCUCGGCACCCUCUGAUUAAACAUUUACUGGCUAGCUUCAAGAAGGAGCCGGCUGACGUGGAACUACAGGACAUGAGUUCAUACUUGCCUAGCGAUUUCUCCCAGUGUGAUCCAUUCCUUAAAGAAACUGAGUCAACCGAAGAUAACCCACCACCAGCCUUCAACCAUAGAGAAAGGACCACAGACGACCAGCACGGCGAGGUAACUUUCUUUCACUACAACUCCGACGGUACGGACUAUACUUGCACUAGUGUUCCCAUAACGAGCCCCAAGCCCAGCCGUUCUCUACACCGGGGCACAUCGGGUGACAUGAGAGGACAGUGUGCUAUAACAACCUCAUCAGAAAGUCUUGUGAUCAUUGAAUGUGUUGACAGCGAGGAUGAGGAUGAGGUUGAAGAAGAUGAAGAAAAGGUAAUAGAAACAGUAUUAAUUCAGGACUUUGAGCACAACAACUGUGCCUGUACGAGAUUCUCCAACAACAUCGCCGAAGAUGGAUGCUCAGUGGAUGCAGAGUCAAGCAGUUUCAUCACCAGCCCACUUAGCACAGAGUUCAUGGAGGCUAGACUUCCUAACGGGAACAUUAACGGAAACUGCAGACAAAAGGAAGAUGUGCCAAGUCGACUCAACAGGAGAAGUAGGACAGGAACUCUCAGAAUGCCAAAGAUCCUCAAGAAUAAAAAAGUUCAUUUUACUUUGACCCCGAACCAAAAGUAUCGGCCAAGAAUACUGGGAUCUGAAAACUGCGACGACACUCCCAGUAAAACCACGAAACAGACCCUGAAACAAACUCUAAAACGAACAGGGAAACAUGUUAGAGGGAAACAUAAGGAGAAUAUCAAGAUGAAAGCAGACACUUUAAGACACAGUGAAUCUUACGAGUCGUUUGAAUGGCCCGAUAACUACAUCGCUGUUAAACCUCCUUUGAGGUGGAUCCCUCCCGGAAUAGAGUCAGAUAUUGAGACGUAUCUUACAGUAGCUUCAAGGAAUGUCCCAACUGUGUAUGUUAAGAUCUACAUCCAAGUUCCACCCAAUACACAUCUAUGCGAACUGAAGACCCAUCUCCUUAUCUGCAUCUUCAGGUCAUUUUUCACCACCACUGAGGGGCUGCACAUAACGUGGGUAAUGUCUUUGCAAUCUCAUGUCUACAACUUGCUGUAUAUGAACGUGGCAAGGUUACGCUUUAGGCGGGAUUCGAACGGCAGACCUUGUCGUGCCUGUCUUCUCUUAUCCAAGGAUGCUACCACAUUAGUAAGACAUAAACGAUCGGGUCUCCUUAGCACCAUCACAGACAUCUUACAGAUUGCUCCAGAAGAACUCCUUGUGCUGGAGAAAGAACGGAUAAGAAGCUGGAGUGCCCAGGAAAAGAUCGCAAAUGGGAGAAAAACUCUAAAUCAUCAGGUGCGAUAGCUAAAGUUGCAAAAACUCUCGGUUGCAAAAACCCAGACGACUGGUUUAUGAACUCACGGCGGGAAUACCAACUUCCAAACACUAUCAUGGGCAUUUGUAUAGCUGCCUUUAUUUGAGAAUUCCGUUUACUCAUUCCAUAUUUUGUUGAACAAACUUUCAAUCAUGACUAAAAACUGAAACCACUGAAAUAUUUUAGCAAAAUAUCGUGCAUAAUGCAAUGUUCACACAAAUGCUAGUACAACAACCGUGUUGGGAUUUUUGGUCAAUCAUAAAAAGUGUAAUGGGAAAGUAAAAUCACUUAUAAUUAUAAUCCUCCAAUAAUUAUGUUCAUGUUAUUGUUAUUAGGGAUUUAUCGUUAGCCUUUCUUUGCCGUUGUUUAGGAAGAGUGGACAAAUCUAUGCUCUCGGUUGUUCAGAAAUACAUAACAACUCGUAAAGAAAUCAAAGGCCUACAUCAUAGAUAAAUUUAAGAACAAAGUUGCGUUCUAUUAAAUCAGAAACUCAUAUGCAAACUACAUCCGUUAUUUAUUCUGCUUGUGUUCCAAACGAAAUGAUAAUGAUUUCUGAAAACAGGACUAAACUUUAACUUUAUUUGUAACGGUUUACUGGUAGGAGCAAGAAAACACAAACUUUCACAACGUAAGUUUUUUAAUUAUUAUUUUCUAAGGAGAGUCAUUCCAAACCUGGACGAGUCCAUAUUUUGCAUAAUGUAAUAAAUUGUUUUUAUGUUGGAAUAACAAAUAAAGUUUUAUUUAUUAAAAAACAACACUUGAUUUUUUUAAAACUAUUGUCUGUUAACAAGACGCCAGCCUGAAGUUAUGAACUUGGCAUAGUUUACAUUAUGUUCACUCUCUUAUGCAAAUAUUGGACAGGGGGUAACUUUGCGUUAAAAUACUACUCUGACUUUCUGAACUCGUCAGACGAUCAAAAGUGACAAGCGAAUGCAUCGAGAGUUAUGACCUUUUUUCAAUCAAGGAUUGCAAUUUGUUGGUCGCGCUUUACUAAACCCCAAACUUGGGACCUUGCGCUCUGUGUGACGUAGUUAUUAAAAGGCUUCGGUUGUCACUGUGUGAACAAUACUCAAGUUCACCACAAAAAGUUGACCCAACUUUGAACGUCUGGAUCGUUUCAUGAUAUCACGUCUGAUAUGGGUUUGGUUUUCUAUGGCCAAGGUGGUACCCACUAAUUCCUCUAUAUUGUUUUGUUUUCAAGGCUUGUAUAAAAAUACAAGCCAGGUCAACUCGUAAAGAAAAUUUGUCUUAAAAAGGAAACGAUGUGAAUUUACAAAACAAAAUUUGCAAACGUAUUUUUCUUAGUUUUUUUAGUGUGCCUGUGGUUUCCAAGGUGGUUUUUUUUCACGACCAAACAACGAUACAAACUUUUAGACAAACGACGAAUAAUAGAGAUAAUAUGGCCUAUAAAAUAAUAAAUUUAAUAAGGACAAAAUUAAUAUAUGAACAACAUCACUUUUUAAAACAUUUAAAUACAUUUUAAUAACUUCUGAAAUCAAAACCCAACCUUAUACUCCUCUCACGAUUUUGUGUCAACUUCAGUUCCUACAUAUUUUACUAUAAAUUACGAGUUGGGAAAUACUUAAUGCUCCACUGGUACAUGUUUUACCUACAAAUUGUGAAGUUCUUCCUAAUUUACCUUAUCUACUUUACCUAAAUUUACUUCCAUUUUCACCUCAAUAUUAAUUGAAUAAACUCCAAGCCAAUAGAAAAGCCUCUUAUUACGUAAACUACUUGAAUUUAUUAGCUUAAUAUCCAACCACAUUGUUUCAAACAUCAUGUGUAUACACAACACCACCAGGACAAAAUAAAUGAAAACCUCCACACCAACUUAAUUAUCUUACAAAUAAAUAUUUUAAAUAUUAUACAGCAUAUUAAUUUUUAAACCCAUACACAUCCAACUGGGGCACAAAGUCAUUUUUAAAACUUUGUAAACAAUUCUUUGCAUCUGUUUGCUGGCAUUUGGCGUAAGACUUUGUGUGAAAUAUUAACUGAAAACAUGUAAUUUUAUCCCCAAUAUGUUAAAGCUCGAAUUGAAAAUUUGACAAAUUAAAGUAGAGAUUGCUACAGAAUUUAAAUAUUGAAAAGUGAAUAAGGCAAAUGAAGUUGAAAAUAAUAGGCAUAUAACCCUGUACCAAUUUAAAGAUUUACAAAUCAAGAGGUAAAUCACACUAAGCCAACAAAACAAAAACUUCAAGGUUGUUUUACACCUCUGCAGAGGAAGUUACUUUUGAACCUUUUCUGAUAAGAAUUGUGUACAUGUCCUUCACCACAAACAUUCCAUUGACUUUGUUGAUGAUACGUAGAAGUGGCCUAACUGUUGGAUAAACUGUUAGAAAGGUAUGACAGUUGUUGUUCACUUGAAAACAUGUCCUUCAAACUGCCUGUGUGUUCAAAUGAAAGCCUUUGCACAGGUCUAAACUCCUUUGCACUUCAUUAUCAACACAUAAUACCCUGCUACCUUGGAGCUUUUCCACAUUGAAAAUCACUGAGCGAGAAAACCUUUGCAACUAUUGUUCCAAAUUGGUGCACCCAAGCACGUACAUGUAUGAAAAACGCCAACAAAACACAAUACAACAAAUAUGGUGCGUAGGAUAGAACUUUGAAUUGGUACAGAAUGCACAUGGGGAAAAAAAAAGGAGAUUUUGAAAUUAGCCAUUCCUCACAUUGUAUGUGAGGGUGUGAAACUGCAACAUGAGUUGAAACCUGACAUACUUAUUUGCAACCCCCAAGGCCAAAUAUCAUGAAGGUAUGUACAUGUACUGUUGGUUCAUAAUUAUACAACACUGUACCUUGUGUAGAUACACAUGUUGUAAAGACGGGCAUUAGAAUUAGUACAUGUACAGUUGUAGUUACAUUUCAUGUCAAAAAAAGAUGUCGGAAAUACAAACCCAAACCUAGUUUCUGUUAUUAGUCUCAUGCAUUUUCAGACUCAAUGAUCUGUUUUAGUUCACGACUUGAAAGUUAAUGCUUGUACAAUGUUCAGAAAGAUCACACUUUGCAUUUUCCCUGGUUUUCUCUCAUUGAUAUAAAAGGUAAACAACUAUUCUCUUAAUGUUUAAAAUUUCACAGAUCACACUCCAUCGCUAACGUGGCAUAAAGACAAUGCAAGUGUGUAAUCUUUGUCAAUGUUGUAGAAAUUAACUUUUAAAUCUUUAUACCAGGAUAACACAAGGAAAAUUAAUUGUCGGAAUUCAGCAAGAACAUUAACCUCAUAAUUACUUGAUUCUAGUUACCUGCAUUGGCAAACCAAAAUCCCACACAUCGUUGCUUUACAGAAAACAUGACAGACUUAUAUGACCAAUUUAGAUGUUAAAUUCUCUAAAUACUUACAGUUCGAUGCUGAAAUCAUAACAUCAAAAGUAAUAAACUCUCUGUUUGUAAACAGGGAAUUAAAAAAACUUUUACAAAAUACAGAAAUUGAAAAUAAUUGGUUACUUUUAACAUGUGAGCACGAUGGUAGUGUCCGGAUACAUGUACGUGUAUAUUACUUGGAUGUCAAUGUGACACCUGUUAAAAGAGUACAAACAUGACCAGACAUCCUGCUGUGUUUCUUACAUAGUUUGCUUUAUGCCAAUUGAUUCUUACAUGACCAGACAUCCUGCUGUGUUUCUUACAUAGUUUGCUUUAUGCCAAUUGUUUCUUACAUAGUUUGCUUUAUGCCAAUUGAUUCUUACAUGACCAGACAUCCUGCUGUUUCUUACAUAGUUUGCUUUAUGCCAAUUGAUUCUUACAUAGUUUGCUUUAUGCCAAUUGAUUCUUACAUAGUUUGCUUUAUGCCAAUUGAUUCUUACAUAGUUUGCUUUGUGCCAAUUGAUUCUUACAUGACCAGACAUCCUGCUGUGUUUCUUACAUAGUUUGCUUUAUGCCAAUUGAUUCUUACUGUGAUGUGCCCUUUGCUCACCUUUACUUACCAACCCAUGAAUUCCAUAGAGGUCAAAGAGGUCAUAUAUUAUGUUGCUAUAGUAAUGAUCAUCUCACUGUAUUCAUGACUGUUUCCAACAGUCUUUCUACAUUUGUGCAGAAAUUCCCUUUUGAGAAAUGACAGAUGUACUAAUAACAUUAUGGUUUUACCAACAUACACCAAUGUGUGUUAGGCAUGUUUACUCACUACUUUUCAGAGCUCUGUGAAAAGGAAAAUACAGGCAUAUUACUGGGAUGGGAUUCAAACCCACGGCCCUUGCAAUUCUAGAGCAGUGUCUUACCAACUAGACU